CCUCACACAUUCAGAGCAGCAGAACGUCCCGGCCUGCAACGUCAUCUGGAGCACGAGCACAGCGCGUAAAAACGGAUCCAAUUAUAAGUGUUGGGAUGCAUCCAAGCUCAGCCACCACGACGCCUUUUUCAGUGAAGGACAUUUUGAAGCUGGAGUAUCAACAUGAUUUUGAAAAUGAAUUCUUGACGUCUGAUCAAGUUGUUCCGAUGCAGUAUCAGCACGUGCAUUAUGUCAGAAGCGGAGACAUGUAUGAUCUGCAGGCUGAUCCGUGCGUCUCUGAAGUGCAGGAGAAGCUCGAGACUCACAGCUCAGCAGCGGAGGACGAGAUGAAUGAACAUGAGAUCAGCGGGGUUGGCAGUUCCCCUGACCGUAACAGUAACUCAAAGACCAGGUCCCGGCUGCGCAGGAAGCCCCGGGUCCUCUUCUCCCAGUCGCAGGUGUCAGAGCUGGAGCGUCACUUCAGACAGCAGCGCUACCUGUCCGCCCCGGAGAGACAGCAUCUGGCCAACAUCCUCAAUCUCACCUCCACACAGGUCAAAAUCUGGUUCCAGAACAGAAGGUAUAAAUGUAAGCGCCAGAGGCAGGAUCAGUCCCUGGAGCUGGCGGGGUUUCCUCCCGCACCGAGGAGGGUGGCGGUGCCAGUGCUGGUGCGGGACGGGCAGCUGUGCGGAGCAGGUUCCGCUCCGUAUAACGUGACUCUGGGACAUUAUAAUCCCGUUUUUGGAUAUGGAAACAGUGGCGUGUUCAGCUAUCACAGCGUGUCUCCUGCCACACAGAUAAGCAACAAUAACCAGCUGGUUGAUUUUACAUGUAAGAGCGAGGGGCCUUUUAAUCACGGACACUUCCAGGCUUCAUGUGUCAGAGGCUGGUAAUCAUUUUAUAUCAGCAAUCAAAUAUUUCAGUUACAAGUUUGUAUUGUAUAUUUUGUAUGGUAAGCCUAUUUGUUGCAAGUUUUCAAAGUCAGUUGUUAAACACACUGCAGAGUAGAAAAUCACACUUUCUUUAUUUUUGUUCGAUUAUUCGAAAGCCUAUUCGACCGUUCACACUCUGCGAAUCUAAACUAAAAUAUUCACUGGUUUCCUAUUUUUAUUUGUCAACAUCAUUUACCAGGGGAGGGGACUCUUUAAAGUCACCUCUAAGUAAACUGCUAAUAGCAAAAGGAGGCGCAAAAGGUUGCAAUAGUGUAGUCUAAUAUAGAUCUUUUACAACUGAAAUACGCCUGUUAAAGACAAGGUUUUUAAAAAAAUCUGCUAAAUUAUAUUAUUUGCUUAAG